GAUUUUUAUUUUUAUAUAUUUAAACACUUUUACAUGCAAAAUUGUGAUAUUAUUUUUAGUUAUUCUCUUGAAUUUCUCCAUCUGUGUUGAUUCAGCUUUGCCAGCCAAGAACAGGAGCUGGCACAAUAACUGCAUUUCCCAGACUACCUCAUGGAGCCCCUGCUCUAAGACCUGCGGCCGUGGCCUCUCUAUGAGGAUCUCCAACGCCAACGACCAGUGUGAGAUGGUCAAAGAGUCCCGCCUCUGCAACCUGCGGCCAUGUGAAGUCGACAUCACCAAACACAUCAAGCCGGGAAAGAAAUGCUCGAACAUCUACAGAGAAGAUCAACCCCAGAACCUUACCAUCUCUGGCUGCACCAGCAAGAAGCAAUACAGGCCCAAAUAUUGCGGCGUCUGCACAGACGAACGGUGCUGCAUUCCUUACAAAUCCAAAACCAUCGACGUGGAGUUCGAGUGUCCCAAUGGAACAGGAUUCUCAUGGAAGAUGAUGUGGAUCCAGGCCUGCUUCUGCAACCUCAGCUGCAAAAAUCCCAACGACAUCUUCGCCGAGCUGGAGAAUUACUACGGCUACCCAGAAGUUAUGGACUAAAAAGGAGCUAGCUUACACAGUUUUCCUAUUUGAUUUGACAUUUUUCCUAUUGGAAAAACAUGUAAAUAUAAAGCAAGUGUCCAGAAUGAAUGAAUGAGGCUUGAAAAGUAUAACAGUUCAAGUAUGUUUGUGUUUAAACUAAUUUAUUCUGGUAUGUAUUUCUUGUUUUUUUGCUUUUUAAUUAAAAAAAGUCACUUUCGCUGCAC